AUGAAGAGGUCGACGAUUGGGCGGUUGUUUUGUGGGAGUGGCACAACAACAAGCAGCACCCCAUCCACUGCAUCGCCGUCUCCAUCUCAAUCCCCAUCCACCUCGACCACCCCGACUAGCAGACACACCGAGCAUCCGUUUUCCAGCCGCAGCACCGCCGAGAAGGCUAGCGGUUACGGUUACGGUUACGGUAAUAAUAAUAGUACUAAUUGUCCCCCAUCUGCAUCCUCCGCCCACGCCCACGCCCAUGCCCACGCCCACAACCCUGACACUCGUCUUCAUCACCUCCACGCCGCUGUCGCAGCUACUAGUGCCACCGCUGCAACUACUCCGGCCUCUUGUCAUUCCCUCUCCUCGCCGUCGCCCUCGCCGCAGCCCGCAACCCCCGACGAGAAGUCACGUCUGCCCGACCGCGACCACUAUUUUGGCGUCAGCGCAUCAGCCACUGUCAAACCGCUCACCAUCGCCAACUCGCCCCGAUUGCGCGACUCCCACUCCGCAUCGCCACGAGCCGCCCAGCGCACCCAACCAGGCUUCGAUCUCGACUUCUCCCACGACCUGGGCCUGCAAGACAACGACGUCGAGAUGACCAGCGGCCCUGCGCUCGACUCGGCCUUCGGCCGCAGUCGCCAGGACUCCUUCGUGAGCGCUGGACCCAAGCCCAUCUCUAUGAUCAACCCGAAUCGCGAACAUGGCGGCCGCCGCGAGAGUGUGGCCGGCAGCUACCUGAACGGUAUGAGUUGGGGAGGCGUCUCCGUUGGUAGCUUCAUUAGAGAUGAUCUCGCCAUGACGGGCACGUCGCCAUUCAUGGCCGGCGCAACCCAAUCACCGUCGUUUUCGUCCAACUCCUAUAUCCCUAAGAUGGAAGCCGAGUACCUGCGGAACUUCGUAUGUUGCGAGCUCAAGUUGGAGACGAUGCACGACCUCCUCCGCCAUUACGAGACGGUCCACACGACGGCGAAUGCGCAGUCGAAUCGAAACGGAUCCGGUGUCCAGAUGCCCCACAGGCUCUCGGUAAGCAGCAGACCGUCCAUGUCGAUGGGCUUGGGUAGACAGGACUCGCACGGCUUUCAGAGCCCGGGACAGCUGGGGUUUGGCUCGGGAAAUCGGACGACAACGAAUAACGGAAUUUCCUACUCCGGUUUUCAGAUGGGAAGACAGGACUCGAAUGGCCCGAAAUCGUCCCACCUUAUGCAAUCGAAUGACGACAUGGAUGCCGUUGGCGAUAUGGAGAUGGACGAUGCCGUUGGCAUGAUGGAGAUGGACGACACCAAUCAGCGUACCAUUCAGCAGACUCGACAGAUGUUCGGGCAGCAGCAACGGCCGCAACUCCAGUUGAACAGCUCUGGACUGCCGCACCAGGCUCUGCGAACGUCGCAACCACCGACGCCAGGUGCUUCAGGGUUCGGCUUCCAGAACAACCCUACCGUGUCGUCAGUCAAUACACCCACGUUGACGACACAUCAAGCGGCACUGGGCCAGUUGGGCGGGGAUACGGAUGGACUGGAGAAGGACGCGUCUUCGUUGAAUUACCUGGACCUCACCGCACUCGGCGCCUUCGACAAUCCCGCUUUCUCCGAGUUCUUCAUCCAGGACCCGGCCAAGCGGCUCUAUAAUCCAAAUGGCGGGCCUGCCAGCCAGCUCAAGCUCCAACAGCAGAUGCAACAGUUCGGCCUGGAUCAAAGUCAGUUCCCGAACAUCACGGAUCCCAACCAUCUUGCUGCGCUGCAGAGAGCGAUAGCAAAUCCCAACUCGGUGGUCAUGCCGCCCGAGGAGGACAAACCUUUCAAGUGUCCGGUCAUCGGAUGCGAGAAGGCGUACAAGAACCAAAAUGGCUUGAAGUACCACAAGCAACACGGACACCAGAACCAACAGCUGCAUGAGAACGGGGACGGGUCCUUCUCCAUUGUCAACCCGGAGACUUCGGCACCCUACCCCGGCGAGACGGGCAUGGAGAAGGAGAAACCUCACAAGUGCGAAUACUGUCACAAGCGGUACAAGAACUUGAACGGCCUCAAAUAUCACAAGCAGCAUUCCUCGGCUUGUGAGAUACAGGCCCAGGCGGCUAGUAUCCGAGCAAACCUGUCAAACAACCAAAUGCCUUUCAAUAUGGCCCAACUCAACCACGGACUACCCGGCAUUGGCGAGGAGAUGCAAAUGUAG